UUGACAUAUGGCGCGGACACGGGGUGGUCGAUCAUCGAGUCAUUCAGGGACUCCCGUUGUCCGCGAUUUGAGGGAGGAUCAUCCUGGGCCGGAUGAUCGUUCCAUUCUAUACAUGCAAGCAAACCACCGGUCAGAGGAUGUGUGGCGGAGACAGGAUACAGGAGUGCCAAUAAGAUUUAGGCAGCACGUGUUUUGGAGCUUGGAUGCACGCGUUAGACACUAUGUGAUCCAGGCUGGUUUCUAUGGUAUCACACAAAUAGGUAAUAUAAAACUUGAUAAUGGCCUCUUAACUGCGUUAGUCGAGCGAUGGAGGCGUGAAACCCACACCUUCCACUUCCGUGUUGGGGAGAUGACGAUAACACUGAAGGACGUUGCUAUAUUAUUGGGCCUUAGGGUUGAUGGACCAGUUGUGACUGGUACUGGGAUAUAUGAUUGGGAUGAUGUGAUGUUGCGAUUACUAGGUAGGGUCGCACUGAGUACGGAGAGGGAGGGGGCAUCUUUAUCGUUGUCAUGGUUAGUUCUGCAUUUUGGUGAAAAUAAUCCUCCAAUUGAUGAUGCCCCUGAGGAGGUCUUGCAACAAUAUGCUAGAGCUUACAUAUUAGCCAUGUUUGGGAGCAUUCUUUUCCCGGCCACGACGGGUGAUAGCAUACCCCUCAUUUUCCUACCUCUCCUAGCAGAUCUUCGGCAGACCUCAAUGUAUAGCUGGGGAGGAGCAGUAUUGGCUUGUUUAUAUCGAAACCUAUGUCGAGGUUGUAUGGGCAGUGCUCGUACGAUAGGAGGUUGUGGCCUAUUACUUCAGUUAUGGUCAUGGGAGAGGUUACAUGUAUGUCGACCAGGAAUGCGUACAUUGGAUCCACCCGCAGGACUUCCAGACGAGCCGCCUCGUCCACUUGGUGCCAGUUGGCGGGGAAAUCGGACUUAUAGAAGAUCUCCAAGGCAAGUCCUUAUCUUUGCUAGAGAUGAGUUGGAUCAACAAGAACCUCAUCAGGUACAGUGGAUGCCUUAUACAGCUGCCAGACUUAUGGAUGCACCUGUAGUAUGUAUUGGAGGAAGCAGAGUAUGGAGAGCUGUAGUGCCAUUGAUUUGUUUUGAGAUGAUAGAGCUACAUUGCCCGGAUCGUGUGAUGAGGCAAUUUGGUAUUACGCAGCAUGCCCGCAUCUAGUGGAUACCAACGAAAAAUUGCAUGAUCUGAAUAGGCGAGGUCGCGGUGAUGUGGAUUGGAGUAUCCAAAAUGCCACAUGGAUAGCACAAUGGGAUGAUAGACUUAGCCAAAUCGCACAGGAGCGAUUCCCUCGAACGAGCAUUGACGAGUAUAUGCAUUGGUAUUUCUCGAUAACUAGACGGGUUAUUGGUGCUCCAUCGACAGUGAGACGACUUGCAGAUCUUGACUAUGCGCCUCAGGGGGGUCGAC